UUUUAGACCCGAUUUCUUUUUAUUCGUGAAAAUCUGUCUCAUUUAUCGGUGGCCAGAAAACACAAGCGCUCCUCCGUUCAGACGGCGCGGCGGAGCCACGAGCCCGGUUGAGUCUUUACGGUUCUCAUGAUGUGUUUAAGUACAGUCGGCAGCUCGGCCUCUCUGACAGUUCAUCAAAGUCUCAGCCAAGUCUGCGGAAGAAAAGUCAAAUCAGCACGAUGGCAGAACAAGUAGCUGCUGCUACUGCUGCUCCUGCGACGAAACCAGCCAAGAAGAAGACUCCCAGGACCAAGAAACCGGGUGUCAAACUCAGCGAGCGCAUCAGGAAAAUUGUGGCAGAGUCCAAGAACCGGAACGGCUCGUCUUUACCUUCCAUCAAGGAUCAUCUGAAGGCUGAAGGAUAUGAUGCUGUUCAGAACAGGCGCCGGAUUCUCUUGACCUUAAAGAGAAUGGAGGAAAAAGGCGUCCUGGUCAAGAAGAAGGCGUCCUAUAAGGUGAGCAAGCCUGUGACCAUAGGAAAGAAGGUCAAGAGAGCCAAGAAGACCGAAGGUCAGAAGAAAACUGUCAAGAGAAAAAGUGGUGUAAAAGCCACGAAAAGUCAGAAGAAGGCGAAAAAACCCAGCACGCCCAAGAAGAAAACCAAACCAAAGAGCCCCACGAAGAAAACAAAGGAGAGCCCGAAGAAAACGACCAAAAAGACCAAACCAGCCAAGAAACCAGCUGCAAAGAAAACUGCUGCAAAGAAAACUGCUGCAAAGAAACCGGCUGCAAAGAAACCAGCUGCAAAGAAAACAACAAAACCCAAAACUAAGAAGACAGUAAGCAAGAAGUGAGCAGUUAGUUUGCUACUUUCAAUCAAAAAGGCUCUU